ACUACCUUAAAUAACAUAAACAUUUACAAAAGAUUACCUUAUGACGGAAUUCAUUAGUUGACCGUUAGUUAACAGGUGAUUCGUUCAUCUGGGCAAUGAUUUGUUUUUUCUUUUUUUUUUAUCCCCAUUACUCAUCCAUCACCGUUUUGUUCACCAGAAUUGACCAACUACAAUGAGAAAUUCCCUAAAAUGGUGCUUCCGUCAUAAGCUAGGAAAUCCGUCAUGGGGAUGAAUGUUACACCACUAUUACCUUAUGAAGAAUUCCCUACAAUGAAUUGAAAGGAAAAACCCAGAAAAAAUCAUGCUUCUACAGUUCUCCUCAUGAUUUGAUUUUUCUUUUUUUUUUUUUUAUUAUUUUUUUUUAUUUUUUAUUUUCUGACAUCUUCUCCCGCUCUCAUCUUUGUCUUCAUUUUAUUGCUUCUCUCACUGUCACCCAUUCUCUCUCUCCUAAUUUCACCUUCAAACCAUUGAAUCGCAUAACUUCACACCUAUUAUCCAUCAAAUUACCCAAAUCCAACAUCAAUAAGGACGCAGGAAAUUUAUCAAUCAUCUACCGAAAAUGAAGUUCAAUUCCGAGAUUUCCAGCUUCCUCAACUUCUCACUAAUCUUUAGCUGAUUUUUUUUAUCACGUUCGCUAAUUUGCAGGCGUAAUUUUACUUUCUCAGGUUAGUUCACUAAUUCGAUACAAGAACUUAAGUUCAAUUCAAAUUAUCUGAUUUUUAAUUUUUGGAUGAAAUUUAUUAGGUGUAUGCUAUUGUUUCUGUAUUCAAUAGCACCCCUCCCCACCUUUCAAUUCAUCCCCAUUACUCAAUCCAUCACCGUUUUGUUCACCAGAAUUCCUUCCAACAGUUUCGGUAUUUCGAAUAUUCAACUUCUCCAGCUCAUCAACAAGCUUAAAAUCCCCAUUGCUCAAAAAUGAUUUUGUUGCAUCCCCUCCAAUUCAUGUCAGGAUCGAAAAAUUAGGGUUCUUAUGGGGAAGAAGUAGGUUUCUUAUGAUUUGAAGGGGAUAGAGGAAAUAAUUAGGGAAAAUCGUAUUUUUAAACAGAAUAAUCAAUGGCUUAAUCACGUGAGAUACGUGCUGGUCAGGUCAAUUAACGGAUUCCGUCAUAAGAUUUCAAAUCACAGUUUUUAUCCAACAAAACUUUCUUAACUAAAUUGGAAAGUCAUUGCAAGGAAUGGUGUGGGAGUGGGAGCACACAAAUUCGUAAUUUGCGAACCAAAAAAUAAGCGCGCUUUCCCCCGCUUUUAUGACGAUUCGAAACUUCUUCUCCUUAGAGUCUAGACUCUAGACUGAAAGCUAUCUGAACAAUCCCUAAAAUAUUUGGGGCCAUUUUCGAUUUGCUGGAUGUUCGGACAGGGAAAGUCAUUGGGCGUGGUAUUGAAAAAGGAGGAUUAUACUACUUGGAAGGGGAGACUCAAAAAGGCAAAGCUGUUCUUGCUCGCGGGUCAGAGGAAAGACAACUGUGGACGUGGCAUCGACGUUUAGGGCAUCCAUCAAUAGGGUAUUUAGAAAAACUUUUUCCUCAAUUUAUAGGACUAAAAACUGAUUUCAAAUGUGAAACUUGUAUUCGUGCAAAGAGUCAUAAACACUCAUACUCUACUAGUUUGAAUAGAACUGAUUUACCUUUUAUGCUGAUUCAUUCUGAUGUGUGGGGUCCUGCACCCGUCAUAGGGUUACAUGGUUUUUCCUAUUUUGUCAAAUUUAUUGAUGAUUGCACCCGGAUGAGUUGGAUUUACUUCCUCAAACACAAAUCGGAAGUAUUUCAUGUGUUUGUUGAAUUUUAUAAUAUGAUAUGCACUCAAUUUCAAACUCAACCCCGCAUGUUUAGAACAGAUAAUGGUGGAGAAUAUGUUAAUUCAAACAUGCAACAGUUCUUUAAACAGAAAGGGCUUAUACACCAGACCACUUGUCCCAAUACACCUCAGCAAAAUGGAGUGGCCGAACGGAAAAAUCGCACACUUCUUGAAAUGACUCGUGCGCUUAUUCUUGAUUCUCAUGCUCCGACUUAUCUUUGGCCUGAAGCCAUCGCCAUUGCUAACUACCUUACCAAUAGACUUCCCUCAAAGAGCCUUCAAUACCACACACCUCUAGCCACCCUCCAAACCUAUUUCUCUUUACCUUCCUCACAUACCCUACAUCCUCGUGUUUUUGGGUGCAUAGUUUUUGUUCACUAUCCAGCGAGAGUAAGAAACAAAUUUGAACCGAGAGCAGUCAAAUGUAUCCUUAUUGGGUAUGGGAGGAAUCAGAAAGGUUAUCGGUGUUAUGACCCCCUGACUAGAAAGAUCUAUACCACCAUGGAUUGCGAGUUCAUUGAGAACGAAUAUUACUACCACCCUCUUCGAUGUUAGGGGGAGAAUCACAGUGACGAUCUCAGAUGGUUAAUCAGUCCACGGUUGUCCAACUUAGACCCAAAAGACCAAGUGGGCAAUGCUACAGAGUCACCCCACCAAGACGUUUUCUCCACUCCUCUACCAUUACCAAUCCUGUCUGAUCAUCAGGUAAGUCAUUCAGAUCUCGAUAGUAAUAUUGCUCCAGAAAAUACUAAUACUGAUAAUAUAAGUGAUGAUCAUGUGGAUGAAGAAGUUGUUACAGAUACAGCUGAAACAGGGAAUCAUGAUAGCCACGGUGUUGGUGGUGAAUCAUAUAUGUUACCUUCUCGCUCCACUCGAGGGGUCCCUCCAAGAAGGUAUGAUCCUGAGUAUGAAGCACAACGAUCAAGAUAUCCUAUUGAGAAGUCUUCCAAAUCAGGAAAUUUGUCACGAAGUGCCUUAGCAUUUAAGGUAACUUUAGAUACAGCCAAGAUCCCAAGAACAGUAGAAGAAGCCCUUGUAUCUGUACAUUGGAGAAAGGCGAUGGAGGAAGAAAUUAAUGCUCUUAACAAGAAUGGCACAUGGGAGAAAUGCAUCCUACCAAAGGAAAAGAAAGUUGUCGGGUGCAGAUGGGUGUUCACGAUCAAGUACAAGUCAGAUGGCACGAUUGAAAGGUACAAAGCUCGAUUGGUGGCGAAAGGAUACACUCAGACAUAUGGAGUUGACUACUCAGAAACAUUCUCUCCUGUUGCUAAGCUUGAUUCAGUUCGAGUUCUGUUCAGCGUUGCCGCAAACUUAGACUGGCCCUUACACCAAUUUGAUGUUAAAAAUGCGUUUCUACAUGGAGAUCUACAAGAAGAAGUGUACAUGGAAGCUCCACUAGGGUUUACAUCAGAUUUUUCGGAGAACGAGGGAUGCAAAUUGAGAAAGGCUCUGUAUGGGCUAAAACAAUCUCCCAGAGCGUGGUUUGGAAGAUUUACCUCUGCAAUGAAGAAAUUUGGCUACAGGCAAAGCAAUUCAGAUCACACCUUGUUCCUUAAACGAAGAGGAGGCAAAACAACGUGCUUAAUAAUUUAUGUCGAUGAUAUGAUCAUUACCGGGGAUGAUAGAGAUGAAAUUGCAACUCUGAAAGGGAAAUUAUUUCAAGAAUUUGAAAUGAAAGAUCUAGGUAGGCUGAAGUACUUCCUAGGGAUUGAAGUUCUUAGAUCGAAUAGAAGAAUUUUCAUAUCCCAAAGGAAGUAUGUUUUAGAUCUGUUAACUGAAACAGGGAUGCUGGAUUGCAAGCCUAUCGAGACACCAAUGAUGAUGAACCAUGGACUACAGAUGAUCGAAGGAGGAAAGUUAGCUGAUCACAUGCAGUAUCAACGCAUGGUAGGGAAGUUGAUCUACUUAGCUCAUACAAGGCCAGAUAUUGCAUAUGCAGUAGGAAUAGUCAGCAGGUUCAUGCACAAGCCUCAGGUUCAACAUAUGGAUGCUGUUUAUAGGAUUCUAAGAUAUCUCAAGGGAUGUCCUGGUAAGGGAGUCUUUUAUCAGAAGAAUGGUCAUCUUGACUUUGUAGCAUAUACAGAUGCAGAUUGGGCAGGUGAUAGGGAUGAUAGAAAGUCGACUUCAGGCUACUUUACUCUUUUGGGAGGAAAUCUAGUCACGUGGAGGAGCAAGAAACAAAAGGUGGUGGCCAUGUCUAGUGCUGAAGCUGAAUUUAGAGGUGUAGCAAAGGGAAUCACGGAAGUCUUAUGGCUGAGAAAGUUACUUACUGAACUAGGAUUCCCUCCUAAAAGGAGUUGCGAGCUGUACUGCGAUAAUCAAGCAGCUAUCAAUAUUUCAGAAAAUCCGGUUCAACAUGAUCGCACCAAACAUGUGGAAGUGGACAUGCAUUUUAUAAAGGAGAAAUUAGAAGCUCAAGUAAUUAAGCUUCCGCAUGUGAAGUCCAAGGAUCAACUAGCAGACAUUCUCACAAAGGCAGUUGGAACUCAUUUUUUUGAAGAAGUUUUGUGCAAGCUGGAUGUUGGUGACCCUACGACCCAACUUGAGGGGGAGUGUUAGAUUAUGAAUUACAGUUACUUAGGAGCAGUUACUUAGGAGCAGUUACUUGUAUUGGUGGUAUGUAAUGUUGCAGUUACUAGAUCUUCUUAGGAGCAGUUAUUUUAAUUUCUGUAUAAAUAACCAUCAUCAAUUGAUUGAAUCAUAUACAAGAAAUAUAAUACAAAACCACAAAAACUUGCUGGUUUAACAGAAAAACAUUGCUAACCAAUGAGGAGUAAAUUUUGGUAAAACUUAUCAAUGGUGGUGGCUCGGGUGGUGGGGUUCCAUUUUGGGCUUUGUGAGGACUGAUGGAGAGGUUAUUGACUGGGUCGUACACGGAGUAGGGCGGCAGACGUUUGCUGAACUUGAUGCUCUACACUGUUGGUGUUGAGGCUGUGCUGCCACCACUAGAUUAUGUAUGAAGCUGUUAUGCUUUCUGCUUUUGCUAGCUGGCUGCAGAGGCUGGACGUUGCUGCUGUUUUGCUUCCAUUGCUGUUUUGUGCUUCUGCUUCUGUUCGCGUUGCAGCCGCUGCUGUUAUGAUGGUUCGUUGCUGCCGCUGUGCGUAACCAUUGACUGUGCUGUUGAGUUGCUGUCCGCUGUUUCUGUGGUGUUUCUUUCCUCGAAAAUUUGAAUGAAUUAAGCAAAAAAUUAUUAAAAAAUCAAAAAUAAGCAAUGUUUUAGAAUAUGUCCCAAAGUAAGCACUUUUUUCUAGAAUUGAGGUUUCGAUUGUUCGCUGUUACUAAUAGCGAACAAAGAGUGCUGGUGAAAAAAAGUCAAGUUCUUUGUUCACUGUUAUUAACAGCGAACAAAGACUUCGAUUUUUUUUUUACCAGGUCUUUGUAGUAACUGCGAACAAAGGAAACCUGGUCAAACAAGGUCAAGCCUUUGUUCGCUGUUAGUAAUAGCGAAUAAAGAACUUGACUUUUUUUGACCCGCCUUUUUUGUUCGCUGUUACUAACAGCGAACAACCCAAACCUCAGCUGUGGGAAAAAAGUGCUUAUUUUGGGAAAUAUUUUUAAAAUAUUGCUUAUUGUUUGACUUUUUAAUAUUAUUUUGCUUAUUUAGUUCAAAUUUUCUCUUUCCUCGCUGGGUCACUACUGCAAUGCUGUGCUUGUUGCUCUCGAGCUGUGGCUGCCCGUUGGUGUUAAUGAUGAUGUCCUUUGUUGUUGAUUGGGCUGUCAUGGUUGAGUUGCUUGCAUACGAUGCCUCUGUUGUGCGGACAAUGGAAGCAAUUAUCCCAAAAACAAUAAAAAAAUUAAAGAUUCAAAGAAACAAUAAAGAACACAUUAAUAAUUUAAUGUGGUUCACUAUCAAUGCGAUAGCUACGUCCACAGGCAUUGAGAAGUGAAAACUUUAAUUUCACUAAUGAAAAAUGGAGAUUACAAGAUGAAUCUUAGAAACUCUCUUUAAUGACAGCUCACUUUGUUUCUCUCUUGCUUUCUUGUAAACUCUAAUCCUAAGACAUGGGGCAUUUAUGUUGUAACCCUAAUCUUACUAAGAAUUAGGUUUAGAAACAGGAAAAACGACUCAAUGAAAACCUAAGUAACCGUUUUCGCACAAUAAGCCGAGUCGGCGUCUUUCCCUGACCAAGGAACGCCGACUCCACGUUAGGUUCUAGAAAAUCAACUUCAAGAUCAGCAUUGAUAACUGACUCGACUUUCUCCCCAAGCCCAAAAACGCCGACUUGGCUUUGGCUUUUGGAAAACGCCUUGAGUUCAGCAGCCAACACCGACGCAUCUUUUCUCGCCCACCAAACGCCGACUCGGUGUUUGUCUCUGGAAACACGCGCUAUUUGUUUGUUAUUCCCAUGUCUUAGACUUAGUUCAAGUCAACAAAACAUCAAUAGCCUCACGUUCAUGGUCGUUGAUCCACUAAUGGGCGUCUGAUGACUAGGGGUUGUACAUACAGUGGACCUUUGACGUGCUGAUGCUAGACCUUGGGCAUGAUUAUUGUGUUUAAGUACAAUUCAUAAGAUAUUAUACAAUGGGUUGUCCUAGAAAUUUCCACACGGAACCUUAGGCGUAGUAUGGGUUAGUGAGCCAUGUUUGGUCAAGUUCGGGUCUGGUGUAGUCUGAAACAUUUUUGUUUCAUGUUUGAAAUUUACUAGUUUGGUACAAUUUUAAGUAAACAUGUAGAGAAAGAAAUAACUCAAUAAAUACUUUUGGUUUGAUGUAAAUAUUUUUCAUUUCUUUUGAUCUGAUCUAAUUUGAUUCCAAUAAUUGUAAGUGAAUAUUAAUGCUCUUGAUCUUGUGUGUGUUGACGUGUC